UUCUGUUCUCCUUGGGACGUACAAACCAAACGACGGCGAAAGAUCGCAAUUCCAUGAAAGAGGGAAUAUUUAAAUAUUUUACACAUAGGGGAUAUGAUCCGUGUUUCAUCGCGUUCAAUGUGAUUCUGCAAUGAUAUCUUGCUUGUUGACAUGGACUUAUGGAGAUAGAUUAAAACUCUCAAUGAUAUAUUAACCGAAGAGGAAAAUUCUGGAGGAGUUGAUAGAAACAUUCAAUAUACAUUUGCGUAAUAAUGAGGAAGAGCUUGUCAUAAAGAAAUACGAUAUGAAAUAUAAACCUAAUCCGAGAUGCUAGCGGUUGUUAUAAGAUUAAAACGGAGAGAAAUCAGCCAAAUGUGUGGAUUCAUCCAGAAUAUUCUAUAAUUUUAACGAUACGAGCGACUGAGAUAAUAGGCAGUAAUAAUUAUCCAAUUGGAUAAAGUUUAAGAUUUCCUACAGUUACGAUUAUGAGAAUGGAUAAGCCAUGGUACAAUCCAUGUAUUACUUUUGAAUUCUUAUCUUUGGUCAAAAAUGGAGGAAUGAUCCAAAAGUUAACCAAACGAAAUGUUACUAUAUAUGAUGUCGAUCAACUUUUAAAUUACAAAGAACAGCGAGUCAAAGUAAUCGAUUGAACAUAAUACGUACAUAAGCGAAUAGUACCGACUAAUAUCAUUAUUGGAUGGACAAAAAAUUUGUGUAAUAAAUGAGUAAUGAUGAAUUACCGAAGAAGCAAAUUGAAAAAAUAUUACACUAACAUUACGCAAAAAUUGUUCAAAAUUCAAUGAAUACACCUUCCUGUGUGAUGAUAGGCAAUAAUAAAACGAUGGUGAAAAAAAGUAGUAAACAGUAAGAAAUACGAUGUUGUAACUCUGGAUUGAUUUAAACGUAUUAUCAAUCCGGCUGAGCCUCGUUAGAUGAUUUUUUUACCAUGGGAAUUAUUAUGUAGCCACAAAACUAGACUCCGAGUUGCAGAAAACUAUGAUGAAUAUUGCGAUAAUUUUAUCGUUGAUGCAAAUGAAGAGAGUUUAAAGUGUUUAUUCGAUAAAAUUGCUCAACCGAUUAUUUGUGAGAGCUACUGGCAAUAAGAACGCGAAGAGAAACAUAGUGAUCCAUUGGUUCGCAGUCGAGGAAAGCGGCGGAGUUUCCUGAGCUUUCAAGCCAAUGGGAAUACGGUCGGCUUUCUAAAAAUACAUUUUAAAUCAGUAGGAGGAGAUGAGACGACACCUCCCAACAAGAAAUAUUCACACAAACAUGAAGAUCGGAAUGAAAACUGGCGGAGGUACUUCAAAUCGUUCGAAUACAAAUGUGGAGCAACGUUUAAGAAGUCCAAAAUGCGCGAGAUGUCGAAAUCACGGGGUGAUAUCUGGCUUGAAAGGUCAUAAAAGAUCCUGUGCGUGGAAAGAUUGCCGAUGUGCCUGUUGUCUUCUAGUCGUCGAAAGACAGCGAGUAAUGGCAGCGCAGGUUGCUCUACGUAGACAACAACAAGCGCAAAGCGACAAUCUUUUAUCUUCAAUAAAUCAAGUAUCAACGGACACCGUAAGUCCUUAUUGUAUUAAAGCAAAGUAUGAUGAGUCUGUCUGCGAUAGAAGAACCAAAAAUUUUCAAAGGCAUCAUUUACAUUUCACGCAGACGAGUAUCAGCGUGACGCAAGAUUUCUACGGAUUAAAUGCUGUACACACUUUACCUAGGGCAUUAUCAGCACAUCCACGGUUAUUGAGCACUUUGUCUUCUUUGGGAUGCGAUCCAAGACAAAAAGCUGAACCCAAAUUAAAGGUACAAUCUUUUCAUUCUGUGUAUCCAACAAUUCCAUGGUUCAAUGACGUAACGCAAUCGUACAAAGCGAAUGGGGACUUUAACAAUUUUAUUUCUACGGGAGAUUUACAGAACUGUCCCACUACGAAUAAACCUCGUCUAGAAAAAAAAGCGCCAAUUUCCUUUAGCGUGGAAUCUAUCAUUGGUACGAAAUAAUGUCCUAUUUAUUCUAUUCUUUUAAUCGUUUGAAUACAAACGAAAUAAUAUUAUCUUUUUUCCUGGCAAUUUGAGAAUUGCCAACGGUAUUUAUACUCACAAUACAUAUCAUAUUGCAUAACAUACUGCAAGACAUAUAGCAAGCAACAACGCAAAAUUUUUUGUUAAAAAAAUGAAUUGCUACUGCUCAAGUUUGAUAUUCAAACGGUUAAUUGUAAACGAAUAAUCUUAUCAAUAGUACAUAUAAAUCGAAUGGUCAAUUUUAUAAACAUUAUGUAAAUUAUUCUUAAAAGAAAUUAUAUGUUAAUAAAAUACACUUUUCUUUCUUGUAUAUUACAUAAUAAAGAACUCUCUUUUUUAUUGGCUAUA